CUGGAGACAGUGAAGAACUAUGAGUUCACAAAGAUUAGAAGAGCAGAAGUGUCUGCAGUGAUGUAUGAGAACCAUAACUGGUCGCUGUGCAGCUGAAGGAACCCUGCAUCAGACACGUUCUCUGUGGAGCUCUGAACUGAAGCUGCUGCCUCACUAACCAGGUCCUGCUGGAUUCACCGGGACCGUGAGGAUUAAACGGCGGGUGUCUGUGGGGGGGCUCCCUCCGUGGGGCCGUGGAUCUGCUCGGUGCGGCUCAGACUAAGGAGGAAGAGGAGGAGGAGGAGAAACGGCAGCAGCAGGAGGAGGAGGAGGAAGAGGAGUGUCGGUGCGGCGGCUCCGACGGUCAGUCGGUAAACAGUCUGUGAGCAGACGGUCGGUGACGGACAGUAAGGGACAGGCGACUGAUGAAGAGGAGGAUGCUGCUGCUUCAUCUGGGCGGUCAUGUGACUUAUGGUGGACGAUGGCCUGUCAGCGCUGAGCGAGCUUCCAGCAGGCAGCAGGUCUGAGGUGAGGCAGGAGGAUCAUGGGAGAUGGAGGCCCACUGCAGACCGAGGGAACCCUCCUCAAAGCCGUCUUCCAGGGGCUGCGACUGACCCGUCUGUUGCUGGAGGGCGGUGCCUACAACGAGGGAAAUGAGCGUGGCGAGACGCCGAUCUCGCCGCCUGCUGGCAGCUACGAUGACCAGCAGACCCGGCAAAAGGAUGGUGCGAAGUCGCUGGAGAAAGGCGCCGAUCCAAACAUCCCCGACAAGAGCGGUCGCACGGCACUCAUGCAUGCCUGUGCUGAGCAGCGGGGAAGGAGGUGGUUCACUCUGCGUGGGGAGAACGGAGCAGAUCCAGCCUCAAGGAUUAUUCUUUCCUCUGCACUGUCCAUGCCAUGCAACAGGGGAACGUGACACACUGCAGUUCUGCUGGAUGCUGCAAGCCAAAGGCAAGGAGGUCAUCAGACCACCGACACGUCUCCAUCUGGCACCAGAAGACCAAACGGAUACCUCAACGCCCGCCGCCCUCGCUGCAUAGUGGACAAACUGUCUCCGGCCUAGUCGCCUUCCGACGUGGAAUCGGCACUCAUCACGCUGCGGACAAGAGUAAAGAUGGAGAGGCAUCUUCAGCUUCUCUCCUCUGCGCUACUUUACCUUCAGCUCGCCACAGGUGAGAAGAGACCGCCACCUCGGUAAAUGCUGAAGAGGCUGAAUCGGAGCCCUGGGGGACUGGUGGCGCCCUCGGUGCUGAGUGCCGUUCCUCUGGACAGGGUGGAAGGCGGCCCUGGCGGAGAAGGCGACCUGAGUAGGACAAUCACUGAGAUGAAUGGCCUGUCCAUGGAACCGGUCAGACCUCUGCUGUCACGGCGACACAGCAUCGAGACCCAUGACCCCUGUUCCCCCAAACUCGACCGGUCCUGCUCGGAGGACUGUGCCGCUUUGUCAGGUCCAUCCUGGGCCGACAAAGUCCAGGAGCACCAGAUCCUGUACCGUAGGAACACCGCUCCAGAGUCACAGGAGAACGCCGGAGGAUCUGGGGCAGUUGGAGCCCGGACCCUGGCUCACCCCAAACUGACCCGGAUGGAGCACUACGAGUCAGACACCCACCUCUGCCCUGAGUCCAUCCCCGGAUCUCCAGACUCCGGUCGGGUGUCCGUGGAGCGUAGGAGGUACAACGCCUCUCCCCUGUCCCUGGUCACGAGUUCAUCGCGGGAGUCUCUGGAGAACAUUCCCAACUCAGUGUCCCCCAUCAUGAUGCGUCGGCGCCCCCCAGGCCUCCUGGAGCGCCGGGGCUCCGGGACCCUGCUGCUGGACCACAUCUCCCACACCAGGCCAGGCUUCCUGCCGCCACUGAACAUCAACCCACAGAGACCCAUCCCUGACAUCCGGGCCAACGGCAAGCCCACUUCUCCGAUCCACUCUGGACACAAGAUCCUGGUCCCGGUGGCCCCCUCACCCAAACGGGGGCCCGACUUCAAAAUGAAGAAGAAGCUGAUGAGAAGACACUCAAUGCAGACAGAGCAAAUGAAGCAGCUUUCCACCUUCCAGGAGAUCCUGGCCGAGAAGGUCAUCGAGUCAAAUGGCGAUUGAUGACAGAAGGUUGAAGAGGGAUUGGUAGCUUGCAGAGACGUUACUGGGUUGAAGCUUCUCGACCAAU